CGGCACACUGACUUAGCUGUCGUUUCUCUUUCUUGUUUAUCCUUUAACUCAAUUUAUUUUUGCUUGCAUUCUGCAACUUAGGGUUAGGGUUUUGCAUCGCAGAACAAUCAUGUCAGGAAGAUCAAAUGGUUGCACUAUUUACAUAGGAAAUUUGGAUGAAAGGGUAAGUGAUAGGGUUCUGUAUGACAUUCUAAUUCAAGCUGGGCGGGUAGUGGACUUGCACAUUCCUCGGGACAAGGAAUCCGGCAGGCCCAGGGGUUAUGCUUUUGCAGAAUAUGAAAAUGAGGAGAUUACCAACUAUGCUGUUAAGCUUUUCUCUGGUCUCGUGACUCUACAUAAUCGUACCCUAAAGUUUGCAGUAUCUGGGCAAGACAAGCCUUCACCUAGUAGUAGUGCAAUCACUUCAUCAUCAAAUAUAUCUCAUAAAUCAAGGUCGCAGAUUGUUCCAGGUUAUUCUAAUGAAAUAUCUUCAUAUUCCAAUCGCUUGUCAAACUCGUGCAGGUUUUCUGCAUACCCAGAGAACCAUCUAGAAGCGCCUCCUUACCCUGGGUUAGUUAACCAAUCUAAUGGGUAUGGAUCAAAUUCGGAUCACCACAAUAACCAAUACAGUCAGAGAUAUUCUGGGACAAAUUUGGAUAGCUUUAACCAUCCUAAAUCACGCCGCCAUGAUACGAGUUAUCCAGUAUACUAUCCUCCUUAUGAACUUUUGAACUAAGGCAGCUAGCGCAUACCAUUUUGGUUAAUCUUAAUGGUGUCCUAAGUCUUAGGAUAAGUUGGAUCUCUUAGUUGGAUGCAGAAGGUUUAGUAGAAAUGACAUGGUAUUUGCUAUGGGCAUACUGGUUCAAUAUAUUGUCAUUUUGUAGGUGUAUGUAUUUGUAUGAUUUAGCUGUGUUGUUAUAGUUGAUGCUCUAAUUAAAGUAUUGUAAUCUAUUUGAUUAAAUAGUCAGAUUUUCUUCAACUCCAGUUUAAUGUAAUGGGAGUAUAAAUGAUAUUUUUCAUGGUGACUGCAAGGAAUAGCCUUUUGUUUUGUGUAUAUUAAAUAUUUAUUUUUCUUUGAAGUGU